AUGAGUGUAGAUGUUGGUUGGAGGCAAGCAAACCAUGGUCGAAAAGGAGAUCAGGGCUAUUCAGCUGGUUCGAGUGUGAUCAAAGUGAUGAUUUUGAGGCCACGUCCAGGACGACACUCACCACCACCACCGACUCCUGGCUAUUCUCCUGAACCCGGUCCAGGAAGAAAUAACAAAUCUCCUCCAACACCUUUCAACUCUCUCCUGCACAUGGAAUCUCUCAACCCUUCUGCUGCAUCUGCAUGA